AUGUGCGUCAUCGAGACCAGAGUCUACCAUUAUGCGAACGGUGUGGAGCAACGGGUGGAAGCACCUCGACUAUGUAGUCUCAGCCGUGGUACUACUCCUUGCAGCAACCUUCGGCGCACGGAAAGGUCAUUCAAUGUCAGCGAUCCUGGCUCGCCAAGCUUCAGUCUUGCAUCGCCAACAACACUGAGCCAUCCGCCAACUCCAGUCACUGCCAGAGUCAGAGAAGUGCGACCUGCAGGUGAUUACAGUCGGAGCUCAAGCGAGACGGAGCGCAUGAAGAGAAGUAGUAGAAGCUAUUCUAGCACCGGGAUCAGGCCAGAGAUCGUGAUUCGUAUCGGCGGGUCGAAGAACAAGGAGCAGGAGAAAGCCCACAAACGCCGCUCGGGAGGCUCUGCAGUGAUAAGCAGUGAUUCGUCCGAUGUGGUGAUCGUCGACUCUCCGUCUCAAAGGAGCUCACCUCGACCUGCAGCUCUCCGAGUAUCGUCUUACAGCUAUGCCGAGCAGAGUACAGCUACAAACGCCCCACCACCUCCGCCUCCGCCUCCGAGAAAUCACCCGCCUGCUGCUGCCGCCGCACCGGAUGACUCGCCGCCCCCUGGCGGUAGACGACGACAAGACCGAGCAGUUGUCCACAAUGAUGCCGCGGGGCUUGCACCAGAAGUUCUCGACCGAGCAGAGGCGCGCGAGCGCUACCGCCGCGAGGAAAGACAACGGAGGCAGCUAGCUGAAUCCGAGACUGAGCGAAUAACCCGCGAAAACAUCCGCAGGGAGGAACGUGAGCGAGCUGACCGCGACCAUCGUCACAACGAAGAACGUCGCCGUCGCCGCGACAGCCAAGCACGAUCAGAUGAACGCACUCGUCGUCAUGAACAACCUCAAGAACGUCCUCGAACAGGCGAACGUCGAAACCCUGACCGUCCUCGUCACUCUGAGCGCUCAGAGCGCUCAGAGCAACCUCUUGGCCGCCGACCAUCGCAGAGCCGCCGCCCCAGCGCAGCACAAUACGACAAUCGUCCCGAUCUACAAGAGACUCUAGGGCUUAUGGCUCAGGAGCGCGAACAAGCCCGUCAGGCAGUCCGCCAGGAACAAGCAAUCAGCCAAUAUAGUCUACGAUAUGGUGCAAGUUUCGCGCCUCUUGCAGCACCGCCAGCCGAGCCAUUGCCCCAGCCAUACGCACUCCGCACAGUUGCUCCUCCACAACCACCACCACCGCCUGCAAUGUACACACAGAAUCCAUUGCUUGCACAUGGCGAGCAAGUCCUCCAAUCUGCUCGCGAUGAGCGUGCACGAAAUGCAACACGGAAUCUGCAAAGCGCUUUCGACGGCUCGUACGUUGACGAAGCUGCCGCCAAUUCCGGCUUCGGCGGCAGUCUUGCGCGCAGCAACACGAAUCGUCGCCGUCGCGAUUCGUAUUAUGAAGGUCCGGGAUCAUAG